AAAAAGGUUCGAGUACAAAAGCUGGUGGCUUCGCAAGAUAGCUACAAUUUAUCUCGGUUAGUAUCUCGUUCGCGGACGCGCAGCUUUCCCCAGAGGUUUGAAAAUUUCGAAUGUCCCGUUUAUUCGACUGUAUCGUCAAAGAUAAAUUCAUCCACUUUCCUCGAUGUGAUCAGACGAUAGCGGUCGAUGGAAUUGAAUUACUUUUUCGUGAAAUUGGGGACAAACUUUUUAUCUACGUUGGAAAUAUUUUUCUGAUACGGAAGUGAUGAUAAAUUGAAAACCAAACACCGGCGGAGUUUAUUUCUUCAAUGACUAAUAGUGAGUGAGAAGUAGUUGGCAAGGUUUUGUUCGCAAUUAUGGUAAAUCUGUUAAGUGACGUACACGUUAACGAUUAAAGCCAAUUUUCGCACCCGAGAUAAAUUCUAUUGUAAGCGAAAAAGCGAGCAUAACCACGCGAGUUGCGAUAGGGCAAUAAAUAACUAUUAUCCUCCUGUUGAAAAAACAGACCAUAACUAUUAAGAGGUGUGCAAGUCCAGCUUGGUGAAAAAAAAAAUAAUUCACCCGAGACUGAUAAACUUCGUUCUUGCGUUUCAUAAUCGACGAAUAAUCACUUCCGUUGGAUGUUACCUGCACCGACGCAACGAACGCAUAGCGUCAAGUGACAGUAAUCGUAAAGUUGAAGGCGCGAAUAGUUGCAGUUGAUCGGUUCGAUGUCGGUGAAUUAGGUCUUAGGACUCCCAAGGGACUUAACAAAAAAAAGCGCUUCCUUCAGCAGAAUGCAAUAUGUCGAAAAAGAAGAUUGCUCCACAAAUUAUCGCUGCCGUCUCUGGCACUUUAUUACUCACGGAAGUUGGCUAUCACCUCGCAUGGGUAUCACCAGCGUUACCGAUGAUAUUGAAAGACAUUUCCAUUCCGGUGACAUCGAAUCAAGGUGCCAUAAUCGUCAGUAUAUUGACUCUCGGAGGUGCUAUUGGACCGCUUAUAGUCGCUGUGACCGUUGAUAAAUGGGGAAGAAAAGCUUCGAUGUUGUUACUGUCGAUUCCGUUUCUGUUGUCCUGCGUCUUGAUAGCGAUACCUCAGAAUUACUGGUGGUAUUACAUCGGAAGACUUUCCAGCGGGUUUGGGGUCGGAGCUUCGUACACCAUAGUCCCAAUAUAUUUGGGUGAGAUUGCGGAAGAUAGGACACGCGGUGGUCUCGGUAUUUUGUUCAUGGUCAUGUCCAACUUCGGAGUCCUUGUUCCUUACUGCGUAGGGCCUUGGGUGAGUCUGAGGGUUUUGGCGGGUCUGGGUGCCUUAAUCCCGAUCCUUUUCAUCCUAACGUUUGUCUGGAUGCCAGAGACACCUUAUUAUUACUUGAUGAAAAAUAAGCCCAACGAGGCCAGAGAGAGUCUCAUCUGGCUCAGGGGUACCACGGAAGUGGACGACGAGGCGAAAGAGAUUCAGAGGAGUGUAGAGUUUGAUCUGAAGAACGCGGGAACGCUGACGGAGCUGUUCACCGACAGGGCGAAUCGAAGGGCGUUGUUCAUCAUGAUUGGGGUGUUCACCGGGCAGCAGAUUACCGGCAGCAUGGCCAUCCAGAGCUAUACGACAAUGAUCUUCGACGCUGCAGCCAGCGGCUUCAGCCCAAAUAUUUCAGUGAUCGUCAUCGGAGUCGUGCAAUUCGUUGCUACGAUUUUGGUUUCUUUUGUAGCUGACAGGAUGGGCAGAAGGACGAUUCUACUUUGGUCCAUGUUUUUUGGCAGUAUAUCCUUGCUGGGCGAAGCAGUGUACUUCCAUCUGCAAGCGAUGGGAUCUGACGUUUCCGGAAUUUCAUGGCUUCCGAUAACCGCGCUAAUGGGAUACGUUACCAGCUAUACAAUCGGUAUCGGCACUUUAACCACUGCAAUAAUCUCAGAGAUAUUUUCGUGCAAUAUCAAGGCUUACGCUUCGACCAUUACCAACGUAUAUCUAUCCCUGGCUGCGGGGUUCAUUUCGAUAAUUUAUCCGUUCAUUGCGGAUACUUGGGGUAUUUACACUGCGUUUUAUUUUUUUGCUUUCGGCACCGUAUUCUUCAUGGUUUUCAUUUACUUUUAUCUACCUGAAACCAAGGGUAAAUCAUUUCGCGAAAUUCAGAUGAUGCUUCGGGGGAUAUCCGAAUCUAAAGAGAAACUGCACCCCAAUGAAAAAUCAAAAGAUAGCACAAGUCAAUCGUCGUUAUAUUCAGUAGCAAUAAUCGAAGUACCUGAGUACGCGCAAUAGUGGUGAAGUGAUAGGCCGAGAACAUUUGUCUCUCGAAAUAUGAUAUAAUUCAAGAACGCUGUACAAGAUAAAAGUAUAAAAAUGAA